AUGAUAAGUUCAUUCGUAUUGCGAGCAUCUGUGCUGACGAAUACAGUUCGAAAUGCCCUUCCUAGUAUAUUACCAAUGCAACCCGUGCGGACUGCUUUUCUUUACGAAUCAAAGCAUCGUGUGAACAUAAUGAAACGUAUGGCGAACAAAGGAAUUCAUAACCAAUUAGGACGAAAGAAGGGUCAAGUAUAUCUAUGGGAAAAACUGAUCAAAGGUGAAGAAGUUGUCGUUGAAGCACCAUUCUUUCCAUUUACUGAAGCUGCCAAAGCCGCAAGCAAACCGUUUUGUGAAAUAAAAGACAAGUACAAACCUCUGAAACCUGUUCGAAUACCACGACCGGAUCCUUGGCUUGAUCGAAAAUCAUUUAAACAUACAAAGAAAUUCUAA